GCUCUGAAAGUAUUCGAUGCAGUACCCGCUGGAGGAAGCCGCGGAAGAGGACGACCUCCACUCCGGUGGAAAGACCAAGUGCAAAGUGACCUGGCUUCACUUGGUGUUUCCAGUUGGCGCCAAAAAGCAAAAAGGAGGAAUGAGUGGCGCGCUCUGGUGGAUUCGGCUAUAAUCGCUUAAAGCGGUUCCUACGCCAAAUAUAUAUAUAUAUAUAUAUAUAUAAGUCUUCCAUACAAAAUAAGCUAAUAGCUUAAUUUGCUGGGCAAAGAAAACACGCCUAGUAAAGAAACUGGUCUUGAUGAGUAGUCUGCUUUUGACAUAUUUCGCUACAAUAUUGAGGGUUGAUAGUAAUAGAUAAUAUGCAAAUAAAUAUAGUUUCUCAAUUUGAGAAAAAUAUAAUACAAAGCACCCACGCUUUUUACCCAAAAAUACAAAUAUUUUUCGUUAAUUAUUUUUUUUAGCAUAUAUUAAGAAUUAUUUUUAAUUUUUUAGUUUGAUGUGGUUUAAAAGCGUGUUUUUUAGUUUUUUUUUAAACUACAGUGGAACUUCUCUAACUCGAAUCACCAUAUUUCACAAAAAAACUUCGAGUUAUAGAAUUUUUCAUUAAAAAAUUAUUUUUUUUAAAAGCUUUAAAAUAUAGAUUUAUACACAGUCUUAUUUAUUUACUACCAUAAAAAUUGUAUGUACAUACGUUAAAACAUGUAUUCUGUAAUUUUGUUGGAGUUUUUUUGUUUGAGUUAUGUAAGGAAAUUUGAUAUCUAAACGCUAUUGCCAAUUUAAAAGUUCGAGUUAUGGAAGUUCCACUGUAUAUUUAUUUUCAACUUUUUAGUUUGAUGUUAAGCUGUAAGCAGUUCUGCUAAACGGGGAAAUCUCAAAAUCGAUAAAUAGGCGAUAUCCAGUUUUUACGCAGAACCUUCCUGUUACUAAUUGGCUUUUAUAGAGAAGUUUUGGAACAUAUGAACAUAUGUUAUUCACAUAACUUACAGGCGUUACAUACUUUUAGGGCACUUCCUUACAGUGUCGCUCAAAUAUUUUAAGUACCACUAACAAACAGUUACAACCAUUUAAAGAUGGAAAAGCAUAUUAAAACGAGUUUUCUAUUGCAGUUGCUUUUCGGAAGAGUUUAAUGUAGGCCUUGUUUUAAUGACCACCAAAAGUUCUUCCUAUUAUAAGCCUGGCUUUGCAAUUACACAAUUAAAUUUUAUUACCUGAAAGCCAAAGGUUUUGCAUAAUUUCAUAUUAUUUCUCUUGGUGUGCUUUUAUUUUUACAUUUUUGUUAUCACACAUUUUUGUUAAGUGCGUCUUUGCAUUUUAAAUACCCUGCUAUAUAAGUAUGCACAGCUUUUCUAUAAAAGUAUACUUUCAUUAAGUAUAUGUAUUUAUAUACAUAUGUUGCACACUUUUAAGCGCAUCUUUUUGCUGAGUUGCUCUAACUUUUGAUCGCCUCUUGCAGUGGAUAAUGUUACAAACAUACAUACAUACAUACAAGUGAAGCUAAUAAAAGCGUAUUAAAAAUGGCGACUGGCGAUCAGCAGCCUUUCAUAUUCGCCAGUGGCCUCUCUUAAUGUAUUUUUCUGGCUUCGAAGGCGACUGGACUCAGCCUAUUAUAGAUACAUAAUAUGGGUGUAAAUGAAAUUUGUUAGUACUAUUUUCUUGACACCUAGUUGUUUCGGAUGGAUAAUGGAACCAACCGCCAUCCAUAUAAUAAUGUCAGAUUGAAUGAAUGGUUCAAAUUGUCGAAAUCGGACUAUAGCUUUUCAAUGCCCAAGAUAUCAAAAAUGCCAAUGUAUAAUUUUUGUCGAAAUAAACAAAAAAAUAUAUAUUUUAUUGAAAUUCAGCGAAUCGUCUUCUAAUAAUGUUUCUCUGAGGUAAAAAAGGUUAAUAUCGGGUCAUAACUUCCUCUAGCUCUCAAAAUUUAGGUUUUUCAAAUAUCCGGUGGUCUUUAUACCGUAUCAAUUUAUAUGUGAAAUAUCUUAGUAAAAUUAAUACAAUAUAUAUAAUUCUAGAGGACUUUAUAACCAAUAUAUGGAUGAAAUCGCCACAAUAACAAAAUAACGUGUGAUAAAUGGGAAUUGGGGUAAUUCGAAACAGAUUUGAAACAUUGUCGCGACAAAAAAUAAUUAAUUUUACAUCACAUUAUAAUUUAUUUCGUUACUUUCAUUGAGAUUUUUGUACACCGUUCCAGAAAUGCACGAGAUGAGUGUCCAAUCCCGGGGACUUGAAAAGUGUGAAAGAGUUCAAAGCCCAGGUAACGUGGCGUUUAUCCAUAAGAAGGUGAGAUCCUUGAAGCUUGCCAAGGGAUGCUCUUUUUGUUUAUUGAUUUCUUGGGAAAUUAGCAUCCCAAAGAAGCUCCAGCUGAUUCUUGCCCUUUAAGUCCCUUCACCAGGUUCAUUUCUCAAAUAGCCAAAAGGAGUUAGGUUUUUAGCGAGGAUGCACCGAAAUCUCGAGGGCUCCUGGCAACGCUCCGCGCUUUCGCAGUAGGCUCACUAAGAAGACCGUUUUGACUUCGUAAUCUCAGACGUAAAAAUGGCAAGUCCCACCUUAUACAAAGCCCAGUCGCCAAAGCUGAUUUCCUAGCUGAAGCCGCAAAAGUGAGCGACACCUUACACCAAGCCGAUCGCUGUGCUUUCGCCGAAAUCACCAAUGUAGUCAUCUGGAGGAAGCAGAACCGUCUUCCAGGUGUAUGAAAGGGUCAUUGCUACAGUGGGUCGACGACAUCGAAUAAUACUCCGACCAGGCAGACCCCUUCACACGUUCACAGUGGAGCAAUUAACACUUUCUUUGACUCCCUCCCAGUGAAUAGCGUCCUUGGAGUCAAACCACCGCCUAUUGUAGACGACGAGCUCGAGUUGUAUUGAGAAACAAGAGUGAAAACACAGACAAAAUGCACACAGUAUGAAAAAAAUUAUGUAAAACAAAAAUUGUUAAUCCCCAAUCGAAAACAAUUAACAAUGUGUGUUUUCUUUUCAAGAAUUUCACAUUAUUAUAUCAAAAUUAUUAUAUCGUGUACGAAUAAGUACAUAUUCACAUAUUGCACAUGUAUCACAAUGAAAGUGAUUCUUAAAAUCGCCAUCUAUAAAAUGAUCCAUUAUAAUAAUGCGUAUUUUUAAUUAAAAUUUUUUGUUUUUUACAAAAAGUUUGCUAUUUUUCCAACUUUUUUGUUGGUUGGAAGAGUGAAAAAACUCUUUAUACACGAUUGUUAUAUUGUUAUUACAAGUUAAUAUUGUAACGGAUUUCCAAAAAUCUGUCGUUUACUCUAAAACUCUACCCUGAGUUCGAUCACUAGAUUGUCAAAUAAAAGUCACACUUUAUGGAUAUACACUAAUCUUAAUUUCCAAUUCCUUAUAACUUAACACUUUAUUACUCAAUACUCUACUUUACAACUCUAAUUUAUAACUUAUUUACACUUUGCUCGACAACUCUCUCCUUAGAAUUGUCCUCACUCGACAACUCUCUUAUCAGAACUGUGUGUUGCUGCCAGUCCGACAGCCCUUAUAUAGUCGAUUGCUAGCGAUACAUCGCCACUCGAACAUUCUGGCAACUACGAGUAUCGAUGUCUAGAUACAUCUGGCAAGUUAUCGAUUUCGAUAGUCAAUUCUAGUUUGUUCUGGUGUCAUUUUCGUUACACUGCCCUCCACUUAAGUCUGAUCGUCCCGAUUAGACAUACUUCCAGAACCAAACGCUUAGCAUUUCUUCCCCUAAUUCGUCUUCUAGGACACUGUCGUCCUCCUUAACAUUCCUAUCUCCAUUGGCGUUAAUCCUAAACUUUAAAUCAUUCCGUAACCAAAAAUUAUACCCGCAGUCGUCUACCCCGAUGAUUCCUGGACAAGCCAGGUAUAUGGACAUUCUCUGUACCUGUGGUAAUACCUGUCCACCAGCUUUCUAAAAUGCUCUUCCAAGUUUCGGCUGAAUCUUUCCACCAUGAUAUCGGAUCGUGGAUGUGAUGCAGCUUCACAUAUUUUCCGGACACAUUGCUUCUGGCACAUCUCCCAACUUUUGAUGACUAUGUCCACCAUCUCGUCAGUCUCUUGGCUUAGAAUUGGAUAUUUCUCCGUCCUAGCCAUCAAACCACUCCUGUUUCCCGAUCUGCUGGUGGGUAAUGGACCAGCUACAACCAUGGCAAAUUGCUCAAAUGGCGUUCCCGAACUGUACUGCUUCAUCUGACCAUAUCUCUUGAAACUCGACACCUCAUUUGCAGUGCAAUCUCUCAUUGAUUUACGACACUCAACCCAACAAAACUAAUUCCUCAACCUUCCCAAGGUUUCCGUGAUUCUUAUGUGCACUUCACUUGGACCUUUGUGCAUCUCGUAGCAAACUUUAGGUGAUCUUUCGUUUCGAACAACCACUCGAUAUAAGCAACCAGCCACCAACUUAAAACUGUUCCACUGUGCCUUUGCGACUAGUGGUUCUGCAGACAUUUCAUCUUUUUUUGGACGUUUCACAACUGGAGCUUCAUCUUGAGAUUCUCGUUCCUUCAUAUCCCAAUCUUUUAUCCAUGACACGUCCGUCUUCUCUGGGCUCACCUGCGUCAAUAUAUGUGCCUCCUGCUCCUUCAAUUGUGUAGACACCUGUGCUUAAACCUGCGAUGGUACACACUCUCCAUACACUUCCAGCUGUGUUGACACCUCUUUACUUUUUAAGGUCACCUCCAUCGACUCCUUCUCUUUCAACUGUGAGGACACCCCAUUCACUUCCAAUUGUGUUAACAAAAUAUCUCCAUGCACUUCAUGCUCUUCAAGCUGUCUUAACAUGUCUGCUCUAUUUGAGGUCACAUCCAUUGACUCUUCCUCCUGUGUUGAGGAAAUCUGCCCAUGCGCUUCCCAAGGCUUUGACAUACGCGCCUCAUUCGCUUCAGUCUGUGUUAACAAAAUUUCUUCAUGCUUUUCCAGCUGUAUUGACACAUCCGCAUUAUUUGAAGUCUCAUCCAUUGAUUCUUCCUUCUGCUUUCCCAACUGUGAAGAUACGCAUUCGCUUCCGACUUCCGCUCUUUUAACUGUGAAGAAAAUUGAGCUGAUAUUUGCGUUGAUAGCUCUGUUAUUUGGUCCUUCAUCUGUUGGGACAACUUUGUUGUUAAGCGUGUCUCCUGCACUUCAAACUGGGAUUUCAUCUCCGAUGACAUCUGGGACACUGCAGACAUGCUCAUGUCAUCUUCAGUUAACUGAGCCAUUAUCUAUUCUGAAAGUUUUAUCUGGCAAUCUCACUUCUGACACCAACUGUAACGGAUUUCCAAAAAUCUGUCGUUUACUCUAAAACUCUACCCUGAGUUCGAUCACUGGAUUGUCAAAAUAAAGUCACACUUUAUUGGCUAUACACUAAUCUUCAUUUCCAAUUCCUUAUAACUUAACACUUUAUUACUCAAUACUCUACUUUACAACUCUAACUUAUAACUUGUUUACACUUUGCUCGACAACUCUCUCCUUAGAAUUGUACUCACUCGACAACUCUCUUAUCAGAACUGUGUGUUGCUGCCAGUCCGACAGCACUUCUAUAGUCGAUUGUUAGCGAUACAUCGCCACUCGAACAUUCUGGCAACUACGAGUAUCGAUGUCUACAUACAUCUGGCAAGUUAUCGAUUUCGAUAGUCAAGUCUAGUUUGUUCUGGUGCCAUUUUCGUUACAAUAGGCGUGUUUUAUUUGACCAGCAAAUUAAGCUAUUAGCUUAUUUUGUAUGGAAGACUUAGCCAACAUAAUUAUGUUGGCUUGUCAUAAGCUAUUAUAGCUUGUAUAUUGAACUAGAGGCAUUGCCAGCUAUUCGCGUUUUUUCAUUCACAAUAGUUAGGUUUUUUCCAAAAAAAAGUAGUUGGCAAUAGCAAUAAACCCCAUUUUGACAGAUGAAAAUGUAAACAAACCAAAAUUAUAAAUUCUGGUAAAUGAGCGAAAUGGCAAAUUUAAUAAAGGAUGCGUUUUUUUGUACUGAAUUAUCAAGUUCAAAUAUAGAAGAAGAUGAGGAAGUAGCAAAUAUAUAAGCUGCUGUAGCGGCUGAAUCCAGUUCAUCAUCAGAGGAUUCAGAAGAAGAACAUGUAGAGCAUCCGAAAUGUAUUAAUUUUGUAGAUACCAUCGAAAAUUUUGAAAGUGAUGAUUUCCAGUCACAUUUCCGGAUGAAUCGGAACACCUUAAACUAUUUAAUAGCGAGAUAUGAAGAAAGUGAACAGCAUGUUGCAACAACGUCAGGAAAGACGAAAAUCCCUGCGAAGACAAUGGUGUACAUGUAUGUAUGGUACCUAAGUAACACAAUUACGUACCGGCAACUUGCCAUAUUGUUCGGUGUUACAAAAUCUACUGCAUGGCAUAUUGUUCGACGGGUUGUCGCAUGGAUUAUUUCAAUAGGACAUGAAUUCAUUAAGUGGCCAACAGCAGAAGCAUUGGAAGACACAACACAGAAAUUUUUACAAAGGAAAAAAAUUCCAGGUGUAAUUGGUGCUAUUGAUUGUACUCAUAUAACAAUUAAUGCACCAGUUAAAGAUAAACAUAUUUAUUUUGAUAGGAAAAGAAACUAUAGCAUUGUUCUACAGGGUAUUGUUGACGCAGAUCAAAAGUUUAUAGAUAUAUACUGUGGCGAACCCGGGUCUUAUCAUGACUGCAGAGUGCUUAAAAGGUCAGCAUUUUAUAGAAAAGCUGAGAGUAAUAUGGAAAAUUUAUUUCCAAAUUCUACCUCCAUUCUCGGAGACUCGGCAUACCCUUGCAAAAAUUAUCUCAUACCGGUGUUCAAGGACUAUGGUUCGCUAACACGUGAGCAAAUGUGUUUCAACAAAAUGCAUUCUUCUGCAAGAAUUGUAGUGGAAAAUGCAUUUGGCGCACUUAAAGGACGUUUCCGAAGACUUCUUAAGUUUACAGAGCGCAGAGACUUAUGUUCAAUAUCAAAUUUAGUGGCAAGCGCAUGUAUUAUCCACAACAUAUGUAUUAUGGUAAACGACGAUACCACUAUUAGUAAUGAUAUUGAAAGUGCCGAAACAGAACCAGUCCCGGCAGCAGAAGGGGAGAGAGAAGCAAGUGGAGAUCGUCGUAAUCAGUUGCUUAUGCUCUUAACUCAAAACAACUAAAUGUUUUAAGUAGCAUUUUAUCUUUUAGACACAUAUGUACAUACAUGCAUAUAUAAAACCAUAAUAAAACAAUUUAUUUUAC